AUGUUCCAAGAUGAACCCAGCGUGGCUGCCAACGCAGAGCGUAUCCGCCAGAUUUACGCCGAGCUUCCAGGGGUCUUCGCGAAGGACGUGGCGAAGCGACAGCAGAUGAUGAUGAUGAUGGGUGGUGCUGGUGCGAGUGCGCAGGGCAUGGGUGGAAUGGGAGGUGCAGGUUCGCCACCUGCCAGUGCUGGUGCCUCUGGGAACCCUGGAGUUGCGGGUGCGGGGGUAGGUGGGAAUAUGAUGGGCAUGGGAAUGGGCAUGAACGUCAACAUGGGCAAUAUGAACGUGGGCGGUAUGAACCCAAUAAACCCCUCCACGGCUGCGUCCGCCAACAUGGGCGCAGGCAUGGCCAAUGUGGCGAACAUGGCCAUCCUCGGUGGGAUGAACCAUGCGCAAAACGCUCUCAAGCGCGAGCGGCCUGCCGAUGACUCCCUUUUGGGCAUUGGGGGUGGUUCUGGUUCCGGAGGCGCUGGUAGCGGGAUGGGAGCGGACGGUAUGGGAGGAGGGGUGCCUAGUUACAAGCGCCGGGAUACAGGGGAGAACAAGAUCUCUUCCGGGCCUGGAGCGAGUAGCGGCAGUGUGCCCCCGUCAUCUACAUCGCCUGCGCCAACAUCCCAUCAACAAGCCCAGCAGCAGCAGAAUCAGAACCAGAAUCCAAACCAGCACCGGACACCGACGCCCAGUGGGAACAACACCAACCAGAACCAAAACAUGCUCAUGCCUCCACCAUCUUCGAUACCCAAUUCUGCCUCGUCUUCUGCGUCAACACCAGCUUCCGCAACAUCGUCAUCAUCGAUGGGGUUGUCGCAACAACAGCAGCAUUUCCAACAAAUGCAGGCUCUACAGCAGCAGCAGCAAAUGCAAAGCCAACAGAUGCAACAACAGCAACAUCAACAAAAUGGUGGUGGAAGUGGAGGUAUCAAUGUGAACGUGAACGGCCCGACGCAGUUCUCUCUGCCCAUGUCAGGGGCUGUCAACGGUGCAGGGCAAGGACAAGGACAGCAGGUGCAGUUGUCGCCUCGGCAACAGAAUCAGCAGCAGCAGCAACCGCCUCGCCCUCCAUCUUCGUCCUCGAGAGCAUCGCCUAGCUCUGCAAGCCAUCACCAUUCGCCUAGCCACCAGCAGCAGAUGCAAAAUGCUGGCCAGCAGAGACAACAGCCCUCGCCCUCUCCGUCGGCCUCUGGAUCUGUAGCGGGGCCAUCCGACGCCUCAACUUCUCAGCAACCUCCUCAACACCAAGGCAUCAAUCAGCAACAGCAGAAUACGCAGGCGCUGAACAAUAUCGGAAUUAACCUCUCCGAGGCGCAGACGAAUGCCCAGACGAGGGAACGUCAGCGCAUGAUGCAGGUGCAGAUGGCCAGACAACAACAACUUCAGCAAGGGAUGGGCGUCGGCGGCAUGGGUGGAAUGGGAGGAGUCAGUGGUGGGCAGGGCGGCGGAGGCGGAGGCGGGAUGCAGGGCAUGGACAUGAGUGGUGUCAACCCCUCCGCGAUGGGCAUCAAUAUGGGCAUGAACACAAGCGGCGGGAUGAACCCUGCGCGUUUAGGUGGCGUUGGCGCUGGUGUGGGCGCUGGUAUGCCUGGAGGCGGGCCGAUGGAUCCAGCACGCCUUGCAGCGAUGCGCCAGCAGCAGCUCAUGAUGCAGGCCGCGCAACAGCAGCAGCGCGGACAGAUGCAGCAGGGGCAUAUGGAUGGAAGCGGUGGCAUGGGUGGCCCAAGAUCGCAGAACGCGGAUAUGAUCGGUGGUGGUGGGGGCGGAGCCAACCCAAUGGUCGCUGGGAUGCGGCGGACAAGUGGGAUGGGAGGAGACGGCGGCGGCGUUGGCGGUGCUGGGGGCAUGAUGCCUGGAGGAGGUCCUGGAGUACGCGGUCCUGGUGGUAAUAUGCCUGGUGCUGGUGGACCCGGUCCUCAGCUCCCAAUAACUCCUGCGCAAUAUCAACAGGCGAUGGCCAUCCUCAACAACCCCAACCACGCCGCUUAUCAGUACCUUCAAAAUAAUAUCCCCAACUUUGAGAGUAUGCCAGUGAAUGCACAGAUUCAGAGGCUCAUAGUUCUCAUGAGGAAUAUGCAAAAACCGGACCACGCAUCGCAGCUGCAACAGCAACAGCAACAGGCGUUGUCUGCCAUGAACCGUUCAUCUGGCUCAGCCACCCUUCCGAAUAUGCAAAUGAGCGGUCUGUCGCCCCAACAGCAGAUGCAACUCCAGCAAAAUACAGGUGGAACAGGGUUUAUGAACAAUGGCAUGGGCAACAGUCCAGUUUCACCUGUCCAGGCUCAGUCACUGGCGAACCAGCAAAACCAAAUGUUCGGUCUUGGUGGCGCAGGUGGCGGAGGCGGAGGUGGUGGUGGUGGAAUGGGCGGUAUGAUGGGCGGAGGCGGUGGUAGUGGUCCUAGUGGUAUGGGUAUGGGAGGUGUAGGCAGUAUGGACCCCCGCAUGCUAACUAGUAAUAUGGGCAUGCAAGGCGGCGGUAUGGGUCUAACUGCUGGCGCUGGUGGACCUGGAAACCUAAGUGCGCAACAAGCUCAGCAACGGCAGCUCAUGCUUUUGCAACAGCAACAGAACCGUAAUGCUGCCAACGUAGCGAUGGGAAUGGGUCCUGGUGGCAGUGGCCCAGCCGGCAUGAACUCUGGCGGAGGAGGUGGAGGCGGACCUCAAUUUGGUGCAGGAAUGGGAGGAAUGGGAUCUGGGAAUGUGUCCAUGACACUUAACCAGCAGCAGAUGAUACAAGAGCGUCUGCGGCAGCAACAGCAACAGCAGUUACAGCAUCAAAUGAACGCCUCAUCUCCGACCCAUGCAGGUUCUCCACUAGGCUCUGAUUCUGGAUUCGCAGGGCCCUCUUCUGCCGCGUCGAUGCGGUCGGGGUCUACAAUACCGGGCAUCGCAAGGAGCACACGCUCGCCGUCCGAUGGAGGAGCACCUUCCCCUCUGACAUCCCGAGGGCCGCCAUCUCGAGUAGCGUCCUCCAGCCACGAGGACUACCAACGAAUGCUGGUCCAACAACAGCAACAACAGGCUGCGCGCGCCAUGUCGUCGCAAAGCCCCGGGUUUAACCAGCAGAUGAUGAACGCAGCACAACAACAGAUGUUGUCGAACCAGCAGCAGCAAUCGAAUUAUGGUAUGUCGCCGCCUGGAAGCGCAUCAGGGACACCAUUCCUGGGUGGUGGUGGAGGAGGCGGAAAUGUGAGCGCGCCUUCACCAACGAACAGCCAAAAUUGGGGUACACCUGCCCAGGGUGGUGGUGGUGGCUCUGGGUACCCGUUCGCCCCGUCACCAGUGGCUAGCGAUCAUACACGACAUAUGUCUGCCACUCCUGCACCACAACAACAACAUAUCAACCCGCAACAUACCCCUCCCUCAGAUCAGAUCCUGCCGAAUGAUUUCGACUUGUUCAACUGGAAUGCUUGA